AUGUUGGCUUUCAUUUGGAUCAUUUCUCUCGAACAGACAAAAAUGCUUUAUCUCUCCCUGAAACUUACAUUUGCCUCUUCAUUUCUUCUUAAUCCUACUCUAGUUCUUGGAUUCCUCAGAGGGAUCCAUGGUGAUUCCAGCAAAAACACACACCCAAUUCCUCCUCCAUAUCCUACUAAAAAUGAUAAUGGCAGCAGCAGUAAUCAUCAACAAGACAUUGAUAAACUCUGCAAAAUCCUUUCCAGGAAUCACUACAACUCACAGCAAACCAUUUCAUUCAACAGGCACACUACACAUUCAUUGCUAGAUGAUUCAGGCAUCAAUUUGGUCACAGUUGAAUUAGUUGAACAAGUUCUGAAGAAACUAACCAGUUCAGGAGCAUUAGCUUUAUCAUUUUUCCGGUGGGCUGAACCCAAACAAGGGUUUGAGCACACAACUGGAAUUUACAAUGCAUUGAUUGAUUCGUUAGGUAAAAUCAAACAGUUUCAGUUAAUAUGGGACAUUGUUUAUAGUAUGAAGAUCAGAGGGAUCUUGACAAAUGAGACGUUCGGAUUGAUUGAGCGGCGGUACGCUAGAGCUAGGCGAUCGAGUGAUGCGAUCGAUACGUUUGAGAAGAUGGAGAGGUAUGGGUUGAGACAGGAGUUAAGUGAUUUGAAUUGUUUGUUGGGUACAUUGUGUAAGUCGAAGAAUGUGAGGAAGGCGCAGGAAGUGUUUGAUGAAAUGGUUAAGCGAAGGAAGAGGUUUGUAGCGGACUUGAAGACGUAUACGGUACUUUUGGAAGGAUGGGGUGAGGAGGGGAAAUUGGUGAUGUUGAAGGAAAUUUAUAGGGAGAUGAGAGCUGAAGGCGGGUUCGAGCCAGAUGUUGUGACAUUUGGGAUUCUAGUUGGCGCUUAUUGUAGGUGUAAGAAAUAUAAUGAAGCGUUGGAGCUGUUGCGGGAGAUUGAAGCGAACGAGAAAUGCAAGCCAAGUGCACAUAUUUACUGUACUUUGAUUAGUGCAUUAGGGAGUGGGAUGAGACUGGAUGAAGCGUUGGAGAUUUUUGAACGUGCAAAGGCGGUGGUGUCUCCUCUUGGAAUACCCACUUAUAAUGCAGUUGUGGGAUCUUACUGUUGGUCGAUGAGAUUAGAUGAUGCUUAUCAGGCGGUGGAAGAGAUGAGAAGAACAGGUGUUGGCCCGAACUCGAGGACCUAUGACAUAAUAAUUCAUCACUUGAUACGUUUAAACCGAACGGAAGAUGCCUACCUUUUGUUUCAAAGAAUGGCGAGUGGUGAUUUUGGGUGUGAGCCAAAUCUCAAUACUUACGCGAUGAUAGUGAGAAUGUUAUGUCAAGAGGUUGAGAGAGUCGACUUGGCUAUAAAAGUAUGGGAUCAGAUGAGGGAUAAAGGAAUCCUUCCGUGUAUGUAUAUGUUUGCAGCUUUGGUUAAUAGUCUUUGCCAUGAAUAUAUGAUGGAUGAUGCCUGCAGAUAUUUUCAAGAGAUGCUGGAUUUUGGGAUAAGGCCUCCAGGGAAAUUGUAUGAUAAUCUUAAAGAAGCUCUUCUUGUUAAUGGAAUGGUGGAUGAAGCUAUAAGUAUUGGCGAAAAGUUAGAUAAGAUAAGGAAUUUCCCAUGGACAGGGUGAAAAUAGAGAAGUGAAGCUCAAGUAGUGGUUAUAGCAGUUUCCCAUGGAGGAAAUUCCUGGAAAUCUAAGAGCUUCCUCCUUUAGUUCACAUGUUUGUGUGGGAAUAUUAAAAAGGGAAUUGCAGCUCUAGCUAAUAUUUGGCAACUUGGUGGAGGAGAAUGUAAAUCACAGAGUCCUCGUUUUUCAUUUUCUGUGAUGAGCCAAUCCCGGUUAAUAUUGGUGCAUUUUCCUCUUUUCUUUUGUAUGGCACCACCGAAAAUUUCUAAUAAUCCACACGACGAGCAUUUGCUCUAUGCUUGAGCAUCUUUAUUCCCAGCUGAGCAGUCAUGAAGGAUUCUUGAGAUUGAUUCAGUUGUGGAGUUAUUCAGAAUGCCAAGCAGCAUAACAUUGUCAACAAACAUGAGACUGAGACACCAGAGUUUUGCAUUCUUCAAAUAGAGAUGCAUCAAAGCCAGUUUCUAUAACUUUCCAGAAAACUUCCUGACCAAAGCUCUGCCAGUUUUCUGAAGGCUUCAUAAUUUGACCACACAACUCGAGAUGCAUCAAAACAAAGGGCUAUAAACCGUCCCUUAUCCAAAUAAGUAACACUCUUAUAUGUACUUAAGGGUGUUUGGAAGCCAGAAAUUAGUUUAUAAGUACAAUUUCAGAUAAGUUGGCAUCAGUUUCUUAUUAACAGUAUAUUAUUAUUCGUACACUCUACAAUGACAUCUACCACACACUUGUCUCUAGCUCACGGGUUGCUCUGCUUUUAUUCUCAGCAAGAGAUCACUAGUGUAGUGUAAGGUUAUGAAGAUGAUGGUGGUGAUGAGGAGGAAGUUGCAGAUUUAAAUGGCAGAAACUCAAAGUAACCCUUUUAAGCCAGAUCACCUGUUUCCCAGACCAAGUGAAGUGUAGUAGAAGGAUUCUCGAGAUUGAUUCAAUUGUGGAGUUAUUCAGAGUGCCAAACAGCAUAAUAUUGUAAACAAACAUGAGGAUUCUUGGAUUUCACGGUGACGUUAAACUCCGGUGAGAGUUUCAGACUUGAAGAUGAUGAUGGCAAAGUAAGGUUACCAUCAAGGCCUUUGAUAGAGAAACUCUCAACCGAAUAUUGUAGAGCCU